GAAUAAAUUUGUAUUUUCAGAAAGAUUUCGACAAUUAUCAACAAGCAAAUAAAAUGUCAUCUGUGAAUGGGAACCAAGAAGAGAGUCCCACUCGAGACUCGACAGCAGGCGCCAUAUUGGAUUCCAGCGUGGGCAGCCAUGCAGACACCUUAUUGAAGCGAAUGCAGCACUUUGUGGACAACCAGCAGCUGUGCGAUGUGGUUCUCAUCGCUGGCAUUGAUGGCAAGCGGGUAUCCGCUCAUCGCUUGGUGCUCUCAGCAUCGAGUGAAUAUUUUUUGGCCAUGUUUGCCGGAUCGCUGCGCGAGAGCAAGGAGCACGAGGUGACCCUUGGCGAGGUGCAUGGCGAUGCGCUGCAGCUGCUCGUCCAGCACUGUUACACCGGAAGUAUUGAGCUGCACAAGGACACUGUCGAGACGCUUCUGACCACCGCCAAAAUGCUGCAGCUGACAUCUGUGGUGACGGCAUGCUGCAAUUUUCUCGCCCGACGGCUGCACACAUCCAAUUGUUUGGGAUUCGCAUUCUUGGCGGAGCAGUACAGCUGCACAGAGCUGCUGCGAGUGGCGCAGGCGUACACCUGCCAGCACUUUAUGAAGGUGUGCCACGACCAGGAGUUCUUUCAACUAAACGCCAAUCAGCUGGGCAAGCUGCUGUCCAGCGAUGAGCUCCAUGUGCCAACCGAGGAGGAUGUCUUCCACACAAUGAUGUCGUGGGUGCGCCAUGAUGCACCCACUCGUGAGCAGUACAUACCCGAGCUGCUCGCCAAGGUGCGACUGCCCCUGUUGCAGCCAUUAUUUUUAGUGGAUCACGUGGAGAACGUGUGCAACGCCAGCAGCGAGUGCCAGCAACUGCUGUUUGAGGCCUUCAAGUGGCAUUCACUGCCCCCCGAGCGCCGUUCGCUCAUUGCUGCCACUGAACGAACCAAGCCCCGUAAACACAUUUGCUGCGGAUUGCUUGCUGUGGGUGGCACGGAGCGUCACAAUUCCAACGUCACCACCAUUGAGAGCUACUGUCCGCAUCUGAACAAGUGGACGACUUGGAAGCAAGCAAUCAAAAACCGGAUUUAUUAUGGCGCCGCUAUCAAGAAUAACAAACUGAUUGUGCUAGGCGGAUAUAAUGGAAGGCAGGUAUUGAACUCUGUAGAGAGCCUUGACCUUAACACGAUGGCCUGCGUUCCACUCAAUCCAAUGGGAACGGCCCGUUGUAAGGUAGGCGUUGGGGUGCUGGAUGGACACCUCUAUGCGGUCGGUGGAACCAGUAACGAUAAUUCCAUCCUGAGCACGGUUGAACGCUGGGAUCCCAUUGCGCGCACCUGGAGCUAUGUGUCGCCGAUGUGCACGGAGCGUUCGUCUCCUGGAGUUGCGGUGUUGGGCCUUCGCCUUUAUGCUAUUGGCGGAUCCUUAGAUACUCCAUCAAUGGAAAGCUAUGAUCCGCAAACAAACAAAUGGAGCCGUCGGCCGCCAAUGAAUCGAUGUAAGGGCGAAGUUGGUAUCACAGUUGCAAAUGGAUUUAUCUAUGCUUUGGGUGGCUCGUGCGAUGGUGCUCCCUUGAAAACCGUGGAACGUUAUGAUCCAACUACCAAUACGUGGACACUUAUUUGCUCGCUGGCAGCGGAACGCUCUGGGAUCGGUUGUGCUCUACUUGGAGAUCGUUUGAUUGCCGUUGGCGGCUCCAAUGGCAACUCUCCGCUCAACGAUGUCGAGGAGUACGAUUUGGUGCGCAAUGUCUGGAAUCAAUUGGCGCCAAUGUCGGUUCCACGUGUCCGCCCCCAUGUCUUUAACAUUUCAAACAUAAUACCACCACCACCAGCUCCGUGGACGCCGGUCGCAGAUAUGGAUGGAUCCAAACCAGCUUAAGCGUCUUACAAAUAUGUGAUUACACUAAACUAUAAUAAUAAUAAUGAUAUUAUUA